GAAUCUUGAGAUUACACAGAUAGAGACAGAGCAGCAAAAAAAGAAGAAGAAGAAGAGGAGGAUGAGUUGCGUUACACCAGCACUUCCUCCUUCACUCAUUACCAAUGGGUCUCUUUCGUCUCCUCAGAAUAUCUCCAUGGCCAACUUGAACAGUUUGGUAAAGGUUAGUGAUUCUGGUGCUUAUAAAUGGCGCCUUGUGAUAGCUUACGAUGGCACCCGUUUUGCAGGUUGGCAGUAUCAGGAGUCACCACCAACUAUCCAAUCAAUGUUAGAGAAAGCCUUAAUUCAGAUAACGGAGCUUGAAAGAAAAGAGCUUCAUCUAAUUGGAGCAGGCAGGACCGAUGCAGGAGUUCACGCUUGGGGUCAGGUAGCUCAUUUUGUCACUCCUUUCAAUUAUACUAGUUUGGAUAGCUUUCACGCAGCUUUAAACGGUCUUCUUCCUAAAGAUAUCCGUGUCAGAGAGCUGAGUGCAGCGGUUCCUGAGUUCCAUGCUCGGUUUUCUGCCCAUAGCAAGGUUUACCGCUACCAGAUUUACAACGACACUUUCAUGGACCCGUUCCAGCGUCAUUGGGCAUACCACUGUGCUUAUAAACUGAAUGCUUCUAAAAUGCGGGAAGCUGCAAAUCUUUUUGUUGGAAUGCAUGAUUUCUCUGCAUUUGCUAACGCUACACGGGAAGAUGGACUACCUGAUCCUUUGAAAACUAUAUCUCGCUUCGAUGUCAUUCAAAUGGGAUCUCUUCUACAGCUUGAGGUUGAAGGUUCAGGCUUUUUGUACAGACAAGUCAGAAACAUGGUAGCUUUGUUGAUUCAGAUUGGAAAAGAAGCACUGGAUUCAGACAUUGUCCCAAUGAUUCUGGAAACCAAAGACAGGAGGGUGCUUGCAAAGUAUACUAGUUUGCCUGCGCCGCCUCAUGGUCUUUGUCUUGUGUCUGUUAAGUAUAAGGAAGAUCAUUUAAAGCUUCCAUUGGAUUGUCCUGUAACUAGUUUUGGUAGACAUCACACUAUAACAAAAUGUAAACUUCCCUUCUAUUGAAUCAUUCUUCUGUUUAACAUCAGAAACUG